ACCUAAACUAUUGGAGACUUGCUGAACGCAGUUCCAGGUGUACUUUAUGACCACACACUCUUGAAGCAACCUCAGAGAAUCGAUCAAAGUGUCGACAUUAUAUUGCUAGGUUACAAUGGAUUUUCGAUUUUGACCACCAAGUUGUGACCAGUAUUCCAAGCCUACAGGGGUAAAUGACCUUCUAGCGGUUGUCUGAAGCAAAUGACGGUGAGAGUGAAUGAUUAUCAUGACAAUACUCUCACCAUUACCUAUCCAUCCGCCCUCGCUUUCACACCCUCACCCAUCCAUACUUCAUUGGUUUUUUGUCGGACUAGAUGGUUGAACUUUUCAAAAAAAAUUUCGAUGAAUUUUUUUCAUAAAGUCGAAGAGUACUCAAAGGUUGGAUCCAUCUAAUCCUUCACGAACUCAACCAAACACGCUAAAAAUUUGGAUUUAAAGAUUUUCAACAUCACUGAUUCAGAUGUGCAUUUCAGGUCGAAAAAUUAAGAUUUGACCAGUGCCUUAGCUUCUUGGUUAAUCCGUGGGUGCUCUCUUAAGAAGUUCUCCUUGUUGUAGGUGCCAACAUCAGGAAGCACUACUGAUAUGGUUGCCUCUAUGAGUCAACAGAUGGUCCCUCUCAAUCAAAAUUUAGCACAACUAAAACAGUUUGUUAAAGAAUGUGAAGCAAAUGUAUCAUUGUUAUCAGAUGACAUCAAAGAAUGCUUUACACCAUACAUUAGUAUUGCAAAUAUUGCUGUUGACACUACUGAGAAAAGUGGACGAAUAUUAGAGCACUUUGCACAAAUGUUCAGUAUCGUACAGUAAGUUUUUUUUGCAAAUAAUGUACCGUGCUAUUUUGACGAAUCGUAUUUUAUUUAUCAUCAAGUCAGCCUGUGAAAUCAGGCGGCUAGGCACGAAGUGCGAAAACUAUUCAGUUGAGAAAACUCAUACUUUGGCCGCUGUCCUCAAAACAAUUGACCCAGAACUAUUGUCCAUGCCAAGAAAGAAGUCGGGUGAUUAUUUUUAGAACAACUUGAGAAUGUAACCAGCUAGUGACCGACAGUUUUUCACCAUUCGAAAGAGCAACCUUGUGUUUAGAUUUGUAUAAAAUUCCCGUUAGUCAGAGAAUAACCAAGAUGGUCAAUUUCGCUGGCCAUUUUUGAGAACGAUAUUCUGACAAUAUUUCUCAUCCAAUUUUAGAUCCUAAGGUGUCCAUUCGAUAGAACAAAUUACACUCUUUCAAUCUCCGCAAAGCUUGCAUUCCUAGCUUGUUGUGCUCAAGAAUUAUAAGCUUUUCUUCGGAAACAUCGAAAUCAAUCCUAUAGCAUCUCGUUAUUCUGAAAAAUAUGUCGAAAUACCAACCUUUAUAUCAUGUUUUCUCGAUUAGCAACGUUUCCUUUUAUUUUUGAACCGAUCGAAAGACAUCAGAUCAUAAUUUGAAAAUUUCACCCCAAGCGGUCUUCAGUCAACUACAGCCAACAUGAGACACCGAAAAUAGACAUGUUGGAAAUCUUAACUAAGUGACGUCAGAUCGAUUCGAAAAUAAAAGAAAACGUUGCUAAUCGAGAAAACAUGGUCUAAGAGUUGGUAUUUCGACAUAUUUUUCAGAAUAACGAGAUGCUAUAGGAUUGAUUCUGAGGUUUCCGAAGAAAAGCUUAUAAUUCCUGAGCGCAACAAGCUAAGAGUGCAAGCUUUGCAGAGAUUGAAAGGGUUUAAUUUGUUCUAUCGAAUGGACACCUUGAGAUCUAAAAUUGGGUGAGAAAUAUUGUCAGAAUAUCAUUCUCAAAAAUGGCCAGCGAAACUAGCCAUCCACCAACUGAUUACGUUCUCAAGUUGUUCUAAAAAUAACCACCCGACUUCUUUCUUGGCAUGGACAACAGUAAGUUUACUUGUCAUUGCAUCUUCUUCUUCUGUGAAAGGCCCACUUUGACAACAAUACAGGAAAGACAACUUCGCCCACAUGUCGUUGGUGUAUGUCAUGAAAUUCUUGGCAUAUAUUUGAACCAAGAAAACGCUGCUGUUCAGUGUUUUAUUGGUAUAACAAACGCAUUGUCGAAAGACCCAAAAGUAGCUGCUGAUCCAAAGAUUCAAGAACAUGUAAACAAAAUUAGUCAAGCUUUACCUGCUUUAAAGGCAUUGCCUUCUUCGGAUUUAGAUGAAAGAAAGCCCUUGAUAGAUAAUAUUAUUAAAGAAACGACAGCGUUAGGCGAACGUGCAGAUGAACUUAAUCCUCAUGGCCCAACAGCAAAAGCUGCCAGAACAUUUGGAAAAGUAAUGAUUGGUCUUAAAUAUACGCUUAUCGCUGUUGGAUUAGUUGUUGCUGCUUGUACAAUUGUCCUACCAAUUGCUGCCCUCGGAUUUGUUGUCUUGGCCAAAAAAUGA